GCGUGAACUGCCAGGUAGUGGUUGCUCCUUGUUCCCCUGAUCCCUGUGAGAACUCGGGAAUUUGCCAAGAAUCUCCUGACCCCGAAGGCUACACCUGCCAGUGUGCCCCUGGCUGGGAAGGGGAGAGAUGUACCGUGGACAUUGAUGAAUGUCUGUCAAAGCCGUGCAAAAAUCAUGCUCUGUGCCAUAAUAUUCAAGGCAGUUACCUGUGUGAGUGUCGGCCAGGCUUCACCGGAGGAGACUGUGACAGUAAUAUUGAUGACUGCCUUUCAAAUCCCUGUCAGAACGGAGCUUCGUGUGUGGAUGGCAUAAACUCUUUCUCAUGCAUCUGCCUACCUGGAUUUCAUGGAGAUAAAUGUCAAACAGAUACCAAUGAAUGCCUGAGUGAGCCGUGCAGGAAUGGAGGCACCUGCACCCACUACGUCAACAGCUACACGUGCAAGUGUCAGCCUGGGUUUGAGGGAACCAACUGCGAGAACAACAUCGAUGAGUGCACCGAGAGCUCCUGUUUCAAUGGAGGUACUUGCGUGGAUGGGAUCAAUUCCUUUACUUGCCAGUGCCCGGUGGGGUUCACGGGACCCUUCUGCCUCACAGAAAUCAACGAGUGCGAUUCACAUCCUUGCCUGAACAAAGGCUCCUGCGUGGACAGCCUGGGCACAUACCGAUGUAUCUGUCCUUUGGGUUAUACCGGGAAGAACUGUCAGGCACUUAUGGAUCUGUGCAGCAAGUCUCCCUGUAAAAAUAAAGGCACGUGUGUCCAGAGUGGAGCCCAGACUCGAUGCGUCUGUCCGUCUGGCUGGACUGGUGCUUACUGCGAUGUGCCCAAUGUCUCGUGUCAAGUGGCGGCUUCACAAAGGGGAGUUGCUGUGGACAAGCUGUGCCAACACUCUGGUCACUGCCUUAAUGUUGGGAACACACACCACUGUCAGUGCCAGGUGGGUUACACGGGCAGUUACUGUGAGGUGCAACUGGACGAGUGCGACUCCAGCCCUUGCCAGAACGGUGCUACCUGCCGGGAUCACCUGGCUGGAUACCAGUGUGAGUGCGUGCCUGGAUACCAGGGUGUCAACUGCGAAUAUGAAGUGGAUGAGUGCCAGUUUCAGCCCUGCCAGAACGGAGGGACGUGUAUAGACCUUGUCAAUCAUUUCAAGUGCUCCUGUCCACCAGGAACUCGGGGCCGUUUCUGUGAGGAGAACGUUGAUGAUUGUGUCUCGGACUCAGGAGUACCCCGCUGCUUUAACGGAGGGCAGUGCAUUGACCAGAUCGGGGGCUACAGCUGCAUUUGUCUCCCGGGCUUUGCAGGCGAGCGAUGCGAGGGAGAUAUCAACGAAUGCCUCUCUAAUCCUUGUAACCCUCGUGGUAGUCUGGACUGUGUUCAGCUGAUAAAUGAUUAUACAUGCAUCUGUCGUAGUGCUUUUACUGGUCGUCACUGUGAGAGCGUGAUAGAUGUGUGUCCCCGGAAGCCUUGUCAGAACGGAGGGAGCUGUGCUGUUGCCAGCAAUAUGCCAGAUGGGUUCAUCUGCCAGUGUCCUCCGGGUUAUUCUGGAGCGAAAUGUGAGUUCAGCAGCCACAGUACUUGUGGGCAAGUGAAAUGCAAGAAGGGGGAGCAGUGCAUCCAGACAUCUUCUGGUCCUCGGUGCUAUUGCCCCAAGCUGUCUGCGGGAGAGGAAUGCCAGACAAACACUGGUUGUGCCAGUGCCCCCUGCCAGAAUGGUGGAAGCUGCCACCCUCACGCUCAGCCUCCUUACUAUUAUUGUCAGUGCCCUGCUCACACCCAAGGCAGCCAGUGUGAACAGCCCAUAACCUUCAGCCCGGAGCCCCGAGGAUGUUUGGAUUCCCAGUGUGGGGAAAAAGCGAGAGAUGGCUAUUGUGAUGAAGACUGUAACACUCACGCCUGCCAGUGGGAUGGAGGCGACUGCUCCCUGACAAUGGAAGAUCCUUGGGCCAACUGCUCGUCUUCGUUGCGCUGCUGGAUGCUUUUCAAUGGACAGUGUGACGAGUUCUGCAACACACCGGAGUGCCUGUUUGACAACUUCGAAUGUCAGCAGAGUAGCAAAACAUGCAAGUAUGACAAGUAUUGUGCGGAUCACUACGCAGAUGGCCGCUGUGACCAGGGCUGUAAUAGCGAGGAGUGUGGCUGGGACGGUCUGGACUGUGCUGGUGACAAAGCUGAGAAGCUGGCAGAAGGGACCCUAAUCAUUGUGGUCUUGAUGCCCCCUAACGAGCUGCUGCGUGAUGUUCGCAGCUUCUUGCGCACUUUGGGAACUCUCCUGCACACCAAUCUGAGAAUCAAGCUGGACUCCCAGGGGAACCCCAUGGUAUUCCCGUACUACGGGGAGAAAUCAGCAGCACGGAGUCGGCGAUCGCUUGUCAUUCGCAAGCACAGAGAACUAGAACAAGAGGUUAUUGGCACCAGGGUGUUCCUGGAGAUUGACAACCGUCAGUGUGCAGAGGAUUCGGAGCAAUGCUUUCAGAAUACAGAAGCUGCUGCGGCUCUCUUAGCUGCUCAGGCCAUCAAGGGCAUGUUGCCCUAUCCGUUCGUGUCCGUCCAAAGUGAACCUUUGUUACCACCAAAGACCCAGUUGCUUUACCUACUUGCUGUGGCGGCUUUGAUCAUCCUCUUAAUUCUUCUCUUGGGUGUGAUGAUGGCAAAGCGCAAGCGCAAACAUGGUUCACUGUGGCUCCCAGAGGGCUUUAUUCUGCGCAGGGAUCCCAGUAAUCAUAAGCGCAGAGAGCCAGUUGGGGAAGAUGCUGUUGGACUCAAAAAUCUCUCAGUCCAGAUACCAGAGGGUAACCUGGCAGAUUCUGGACCAACUGAACACUGGGCAGGUGAUGGUGGACCUCAGCCAAAGAGAGCGAAGGCUGAGGAUCAAGCCUUGCUCGCGGAAGGCGAUGAGCAGAUCGAUCAGCGCCAGUGGACACAGCAGCACUUGGAGGCAGCCGACGUCUGCGGGAGCACAUCACUUGCCCUUACACCACCUCAGGCAGAUCAAGAAGUGGAUGUUCUGGAUGUCAAUGUCAGAGGGCCAGAUGGAUGUACUCCACUUAUGUUGGCAUCUCUGCGUGUGGGCAGCUCCGAUAUCAGCGAGGAUGAUGAAGAUGCAGAAGAUUCUUCAGCAAAUAUAAUAACAGAUUUGAUAUAUCAAGGUGCCAACCUGCAGGCCCAAACAGACCGCACCGGGGAGAUGGCACUGCACUUAGCAGCCCGUUACUCAAGAGCAGAUGCUGCGAAACGUUUGCUGGAUGCUGGCGCCGAUGCCAAUGCACGGGACAACAUGGGACGGACUCCCCUGCACGCAGCUGUAGCUGCUGACGCCCAGGGUGUCUUCCAG